AUGCCCGUCCUCGCUCCCAACUCGCUUGUCGUCAUCACCGGCAUCACCGGCUAUAUCGGCAGCCACAUUGGCAUCGUCGCCCUCCAAGCCGGACACCGCGUGCGCGGCACAGUCCGCUCCCUUGCCCGCAGUCAAGAUGUCCGCAAUGUUUAUGCCGCACAUGGGGUGGACGUUUCUAAGCUCACGUUCGCGCUUGUCGACGAUCUCGCCAGCGAGGCACAACUGGCUGCCGCCCUUGAAGAUGCGGACGGCAUCAUUCACGUCGCACUCGCCGGUGGAGUACCCUCGAUCGAUGACAAGGCUCCGCAGGACGCUGUAAAUGCUGCGCGCGCAAUUCUCCAGGUGGCGGCAAGGCUGUCAUCCGUGAAGCGUAUUGUGUUCACGUCGAGCUCUUCUGCGGCGUAUCUUCCUAUUCCAGGCUUCAUGGAGGACCACAUGACCGACGAGACAUGGUGCGACUCCGCGAUAGAGUACUUUCAGCACCCUCCAGGGGGAGGCAAAGGGGAUGAACUCUGGGAGGCCACCCGAUACAAUGCAACUAAGGCCCUGUCUGAGCGCGCGGCAUGGGCAUGGGUUGCUGAGAACAAGCCUGCAUUUGAGAUCUCCACCGUUCUUCCAAACGCGUGCUUUGGGCCCGUCUUGAUGGGCGCGCCACGCUCAACGGCUGCAUGGAUCGCAGCCAUACUCAGUAACCAGGCUGCCUUCACGCAGCGGUAUCCUCCAGAUUGGUUUGUCGAUGUGAGGGAUGUCGCGCGGUUGCAUGUGCUCGCGCUGACGGAGCCCGAGCUCAGUGGAAGACGCUUAUGGGCAACUGCAGCGCCCUUCGGGUGGAAUGAAAUGUUUGCGAUCUUUCGGAAACAUUUUCCACAGGUUCAGGUUCCCGAGGACAUCCCUGGUGUUCAGGGAGAACCAGCAAAAUUCACCAUCGAGAACGAGGUCGGCAGAAAAGCAUUGGGCGAGUGGACCAGCUUAGAAAAGUCGAUUGUAGACACGGCAAAGUCGAUUGGAUAUUGA